UGAUUUAGAACCACACAAAUGGUGUGAAGGCGAGAGGGAGGAAAGAAACUCUUCUGAGUGAGGGCUGAACUGCAGAAAAGGCUAGAGCAUGUCUUUAAGGAAGAAGAAAGUAGAAAAAGAAAGAAGAAGGUGAAGAAAUUGUGUUUUACAGCUUUGAAGAAGAAGAAGAAAAAAGUGGGAAAGCUAAGAGACAAAGCUGAGGAGGAAAUGGUGGCACUGGACAGACAGAAGCGGAUGGAUAUAUGUGGUCAGCAGGACUCUGAGGAUGUGGGAGAAGCAAACAGACUAAAUAGACUCAGAGUGCUCUACAGUCCUCCAUUUCUGCUGAACAUCGCUCUGGCUCUGCAGCAUGUUCUGGUGCAGGCCUCUCUGUGUGCGCUGGUGGUGGGGGCGUUGGUGGAGGAAGCUGAGAGGGAACGAAUGGCAGGAUCUGUGUUUUUUAACUCAGGAAUUUGUACACUCCUGCAGAGUUAUUUUGGAACACGUUUACCACUGGUCCAGGCUCCAUCUUUGGACUUUCUGGUUCCUGCCUUAGUCCUGCUUUCUGCACAGACAGGGACUCCAGCAGUCUGCAGAGGGCAGUGUGAGAAAUCAAAUGAAAUUGAGGGCCCAACACACCCAGUUAGAGAGUUCCAGGGCAUGGCUGUGGUAGCAGGGCUGGUACAGCUGUUGGUGGGUUGGUCUGGUGUGGGUGGAGCUUUGCUAGGCUGCUGUGGUCCACUGGUGCUGACCCCUGUGCUCUGCAUGCUGGGCUUCUCCGUCUACAGAGAGGCGGCUCUGCUGUGUUCGGACCACUGGGGCCUUGCUCUGCUGACUGUGGUUCUACUGGUGUUUCUGUCUCAGCACCUGCGCUUCUGCUUUCUCCCUGCCUGCCUGAAAUUCCCACAGUGUCCCAUCUUCAGCAUGCUCUCAGUGCUGCUGUCUGUGCUGUUGGUGUGGGCUGUGUUUCUUGCUCUUUUCUACUACGGCCACAUCAGUCCUCACUCAGUGCCUGAACUGCUUUUAGAGAAUACUAGGUUUAAUGCAAGCCAAACCGAGAAAAGGGGUAUUCUGAACUCGUCUAGACUGCUCUUUACAGAUUCCACCACACCAUGGCUCAUUCUGCCUGUACCAGGAGAUCUAGGGCUCCCCCUGCUGUCUGGCCGAAGCAUUGCAGCAGGAGUCGCCGCAGGCUUGUCCUCCUCCAUCAGUUCACAGGCAGUGUAUGUGCUCGCCGCCCGGCUCCUGAAAGCUCCCACACCUCCAGCACAGGCCUGUAACAGAGGGCUAAGCGUGGAGGGGCUGGGAAGUGUCCUAGCUGGCCUGAUGGGAGCGCCAGUGGGGCUUUGCAGCAGUGUGGCAAAUGCCUGCACACUUGGGCUCAGCCAGUGUGGGUCUCGGGGCAGUGUGCAGCUUGCCGGAGUGAUGCUGUUGGUUCUGGGUGUGUUUCUGCGACUGACUCAGCUGCUUACCUCAAUUCCUCUGGCUAUUCACGGUGCUGUACUGAGUGUGACCUACACUGUGGCUGCGGGGACAGGAAUAACAUACCUCCAGUACACAGACGUGGACUCAGGACGCAACCUUUUCAACACAGGCUUCACUGUGUUCAUGUCUCUAGUGCUGCUCCACUGGUUCAGUAUCCGACCUGGCUUCAUCAACACAGGUGUACCCGGUUUGGAUGUAUUUCUGCAGUCUUGUCUGAUGCUGCCUGUGCUUGUGGUUGGCGUCCUGGCCUUCUUUCUGGAACACACAGUUUCAGGGACCCUGUCUGAGAGGGGUUUGGAGCAAGAUCAGAGCACUAAGAUGAUUUAUUCACUCGCUGAUCAGCUUGAAGGAGCCAGCCAAAGCCAGGAGGCCGUGUACAGUCCACCAGAAGUUGUGAGAAGAGUGAUGGGCUUGUCUGCACUCCGAAUCGUACCUUUCUGUGCCUGCAGGAGCUCAGACGUGCAGAAAACCAGGGUAACAUCUCCAGAGACGUCCACCUUAUUGCCCCAGUAACAGAUGAAGCAUGGAAUAUCCACUCAGACUGUAUAUAUAAGUUUCAAUAUAAAAUGGACAUAAUGGACAUAAUGCAGCAAUUUUGCACAUGAGCCUUGAGUGAUCACAUUUACUGGCUGGUCAAGCCAGACUAAGAACCGAGUUACAAUUGAGUUACAUUUCUUAUGUCUGUAGAGACUCUGUACUUCUUUAAUGUGUGUCUUCUUUAAUGUAGCAUGGACCCCAAAGAAGGCAAUUUUUUUAAAGAAAAAAGCUCACUUUAACCACAGCAAGAAUAAAGAAAAGGAGUGGAACAAGGUAUUUCCAUAUUGUUUAAUUUUGAAAAAUAGAUCUUUAAAUAAUUUUAUUAUAUAAUUUCUGACAUCUUUCUGGUAAAAAGUGAAUAAUGCCACAAAAUAAAAAGGUAAAUACAGCAAGUCAGAUUGUAUAUGGAGUAUUAAUCCAUAAAGCAUACAUCGGGAAUACAGACUGUAUGGCAUAACAUAAGGCUGUUCACUGAAGUAAUGGUUUUACUAAGUGAAUAACAUCAUAUAUUUCAGUAUUUUCAUUAAAUAACUCUAAUAAAGUACUGUGUGUACUGGCGUGUGUUUUA